GCGGAGCCGGGGCCGAUGCAGCUGAGCCGCGCCGCCGCCGCCGCCGCUGCCGCGGAGCUCCCGGAGCCGCUGUCCCCUGAGCCGGCCCCGGCCCCCCCCGGCCCCCUCCCGCGCAGCGCGGCCGGCGGGGCUCCGGCGGGGGGCCAGGGGGGGCCGGGGCGCCGCGCGGAGUCCCCGUGCGCCCGUCUCCCGGUCGUGGGUAGCCCCGGCGCCGGCGCGGGGAUGGACGGCCCCGGGGCCAGCGCUGUGGUCGUGCGCGUCGGCAUCCCGGACCUGCAGCAGACGAAGUGUCUGCGCCUGGACCCGACCGCACCCGUGUGGGCCGCCAAGCAGCGCGUGCUCUGCGCCCUCAACCACAGCCUGCAGGACGCGCUCAACUACGGGCUCUUCCAGCCGCCCUCCAGGGGCCGGGCCGGCAAGUUCCUGGAUGAGGAACGGCUCCUGCAAGAGUACCCUCCCAACCUGGACACGCCCCUGCCCUACCUGGAGUUUCGAUACAAGCGGCGUGUUUAUGCCCAGAACCUCAUUGAUGACAAGCAGUUUGCAAAGCUGCACACAAAGGCAAACCUGAAGAAAUUCAUGGACUAUGUCCAGCUGCACAGCACAGACAAGGUGGCCCGUCUUCUGGACAAGGGGCUAGACCCCAAUUUCCAUGACCCCGAUUCAGGAGAGUGCCCUCUGAGUCUUGCGGCCCAGUUAGACAAUGCCACGGACCUGCUGAAGGUGCUGAGGAAUGGUGGUGCUCACCUGGACUUCCGCACUCGAGAUGGGCUGACUGCCGUGCACUGUGCCACCCGGCAGCGGAAUGCAGGGGCAUUGACGACCCUGUUGGACCUGGGUGCUUCACCUGACUACAAGGAUAGCCGCGGCCUGACACCCCUGUACCACAGUGCCCUGGGUGGCGGUGAUGCCCUCUGCUGUGAGCUGCUUCUCCAUGACCAUGCGCAGCUGGGGACCACUGAUGAGAAUGGCUGGCAGGAGAUCCACCAGGCCUGUCGCUUCGGGCACGUGCAACACCUGGAGCACCUGCUAUUCUACGGAGCCAACAUGGGUGCCCAGAAUGCCUCGGGAAACACAGCACUGCAUAUCUGUGCUCUCUACAACCAGGAGAGUUGUGCUCGUGUCCUGCUCUUCCGAGGAGCCAACAAGGAUGUUCGCAAUUACAACAGCCAGACGGCCUUCCAGGUGGCCAUCAUUGCAGGGAACUUUGAGCUGGCAGAGGUCAUCAAGACUCACAAAGACUCAGAUGUCGUACCAUUCAGGGAAACCCCCAGCUAUGCGAAACGGCGGAGACUGGCUGGCCCCAGUGGCUUGGCAUCCCCUCGGCCUCUGCAGCGCUCAGCCAGCGACAUCAACCUGAAGGGUGAGGCACAGCCAGCAGCCUCUCCUGGGCCCUCUCUGCGAAGCCUCCCCCACCAGCUGCUGCUCCAGCGGCUGCAGGAGGAGAAAGACCGUGAUCGUGAUGGUGACCAGGAGAAUGAUGUCGGUGGCCCUUCAGCAAGCAGGGGCAGCCAGAGCAAGAUCAGCCCAAGCGGGCCCGGCGGCCCCGGCCCUGCGCCCGGUCCGGGCCCGGCGCCCCCCGCGUCCCCCGCGCCGCCGCCCCGGGGCCCGAAGAGGAAACUUUACAGCGCCGUCCCCGGCCGCAAGUUCAUCGCGGUGAAGGCGCACAGCCCGCAGGGCGAGGGCGAGAUCCCGCUGCACCGCGGCGAGGCCGUGAAGGUGCUCAGCAUCGGGGAAGGCGGCUUCUGGGAGGGGACCGUGAAGGGUCGCACAGGCUGGUUCCCAGCUGACUGUGUGGAGGAGGUGCAGAUGCGACAGUAUGACACACGGCGUGAAACCCGGGAGGACCGGACGAAGCGGCUUUUCCGCCACUACACGGUGGGCUCCUAUGACAGCCUCACUUCACACAGUGACUACGUCAUUGAUGACAAGGUGGCUGUCCUACAGAAACGGGAACACGAGGGCUUUGGCUUCGUGCUCCGGGGGGCCAAAGCAGAGACCCCCAUCGAGGAGUUCACACCCACGCCGGCCUUCCCUGCGCUCCAGUACCUGGAGUCAGUGGAUGUGGAGGGUGUGGCCUGGAGGGCGGGACUACGCACUGGAGACUUCCUCAUUGAGGUGAACGGGGUGAAUGUGGUGAAGGUUGGACACAAGCAGGUGGUGGCCCUGAUCCGCCAGGGUGGCAACCGCCUGGUGAUGAAGGUCGUGUCUGUGACCAGGAAGCCAGAGGAGGACGGGGCUCGGCGCAGAGCCCCACCCCCCCCGAAGAGGGCUCCCAGCACCACACUGACCCUGCGCUCCAAGUCCAUGACUGCCGAACUCGAGGAACUCGCCUCCAUUCGGAGAAGAAAAGGGGAGAAGCUGGAUGAGAUCCUGGCAGCUGCUGCAGAGCCAGCACUGAGGCCAGACAUUGCAGACGCUGACUCCAGAGCAGCCACUGUCAAGCAGCGGCCCACUAGCCGGAGGAUCACCCCUGCUGAGAUCAGUUCAUUGUUUGAGCGCCAGGGCCUCCCAGGCCCAGAGAAGCUGCCGGGCUCUCUGCGGAAGGGGAUUCCACGGACCAAGUCUGUAGGGGAGGAUGAGAAGCUGGCGUCCCUACUGGAAGGGCGCUUCCCUAGGAGCACAUCGAUGCAGGACUCUGGGCGUGAGGGGCGCGGCAUCCCGCCCCCGCCACAGACCGCGCCUCCGCCCCCGCCAGCACCCUACUACUUCGACUCGGGGCCGCCCCCUGCCUUCUCACCACCACCCCCGCCUGGCAGAGCCUAUGACACUGUACGCUCCAGCUUCAAGCCAGGCCUGGAGGCACGCCUGGGGGCGGGGACAGCCGGCCUCUACGAGCCAGGCGCGCCCCUUGGCCCACUGCCCUAUCCCGAGCGGCAGAAGCGCGCGCGCUCCAUGAUCAUCUUGCAGGACUCGGCGCCGGAAGCAGGCGACAUCCCCCGGCCCGGGCCCGCAGCCACACCGCCUGAGCGCCCGAAGCGCAGGCCUCGGCCACCCGGCCCCGACAGCCCUUACGCCAACCUCGGCGCCUUCAGCGCCAGCCUCUUCGCGCCCUCCAAGCCGCAGCGCCGCAAGAGCCCGCUGGUGAAGCAGCUGCAGGUGGAGGAUGCACAGGAGCGAGCGGCCCUGGCUGUGGGUAGUCCUGGCCCAGGAGGAGGCAGCUUCGCCAGGGAGCCGUCCCCGACGCACCGCGGCCCGCGGCAGGGCGGCCUCGACUAUGGCGCGGGGGACAGCCUGGGACUCGCGUUUGGGGGCCCAGGCCCGGGUGCGGGCCCUGGCAAGGAGCGACGGCUUGAGGAACGGCGUCGCUCCACGGUGUUCCUGUCAGUGGGUGCCAUCGAGGGCAGCCCCCCCAGUGCUGACUUGCCGUCUUUGCAGCCCUCACGCUCCAUAGAUGAGCGCCUCCUGGGGACCGGCGCCACCACCGGCCGCGACCUGCUGCUCCCUUCCCCAGUCUCUGCUCUGAAGCCAUUGGUCAGUGGUCCCAGCCUGGGGCCCUCGGGCUCCACCUUCAUCCACCCACUCACUGGCAAACCCUUGGACCCUAGCUCACCCUUGGCCCUUGCUCUGGCUGCCCGAGAACGAGCUCUGGCCUCACAGGCACCCUCCCGGUCCCCCACACCCGUGCACAGCCCUGAUGCAGAACGCCCUGGACCCCUGUUUGUGGAUGUACAGGCCCGGGAUUCAGAGCGAGGGGCCUUGGCCUCUCCAGCUUUUUCCCCGAGGAGCCCAGCCUGGAUUCCUGUACCUGCCCGAAGGGAGGUAGAGAAGGCCCCUAGGGAGGAGCGUAAGUCACCCGAGGACAAGAAGUCCAUGAUCCUCAGCGUCUUGGAUACUUCACUGCAGCGGCCAGCUGGCCUCAUCGUUGUGCAUGCCACCAGCAAUGGGCAGGAGCCCAGCAGGUUGGGAGCUGAAGAGGAGCGCCCGGGCACCCCAGAGCUGGCCCCGGCUCCCAUGCAGACUGCAUCGGUGACAGAGCCCCUGCCUAGCCCCCGGGCCCAGCCCCCAGGCAGCACCCCAACAGACCCUGGACCAGGCCAGGGCAGCUCAGAAGAGGAGCCAGAGCUGGUGUUUGCUGUGAACCUGCCGCCUGCUCAACUGUCCUCCAGUGAUGAGGAGACCAGGGAGGAGUUGGCCCGCAUUGGGCUGGUGCCACCCCCUGAAGAGUUUGCCAAUGGAAUCCUGCUGGCCACCCCACCCCCUGGCCCGGGCCCUUUGCCCACCACGGUGCCCAGCCCGGCCUCAGGGAAGCCCAGCAGUGAGCCACCCCCUGCCCCUGAGUCUGCAGCCGACUCUGGCGUGGAGGAGGCUGACACUCGAAGUUCCAGUGACCCCCACUUGGAGACCACAAGCACCAUCUCCACAGUGUCCAGCAUGUCCACCCUGAGCUCAGAGAGCGGGGAACUCACCGACACCCACACCUCCUUCGCUGAUGGUCAUACUUUUCUACUCGAGAAGCCACCAGUGCCUCCCAAGCCCAAGCUCAAGUCCCCGCUGGGGAAGGGGCCGGUGACCUUCAGGGACCCGCUGCUGAAGCAGUCCUCGGACAGCGAGCUAAUGGCCCAGCAGCAUCAUGCCGCCUCUGCCGGGCUGGCCUCUGCCGCCGGGCCUGCCCGCCCUCGCUACCUCUUCCAGAGAAGGUCCAAGCUGUGGGGGGACCCCGUGGAGAGCCGGGGGCUCCCUGGGCCUGAAGACGACAAACCAACUGUGAUCAGCGAACUCAGCUCCCGCCUGCAACAGCUGAACAAAGACACGCGCUCCCUGGGGGAGGAGCCAGCUGGUGGCCUGGGUGGCCUGCUGGACCCCACCAAGAAGUCACCCAUCGCAGCAGCUCGAGAGAGAGAGAGAGAGAAGAGAGAGAAUUUUUUAAAUAUUUAUUUUUCAGUUUUCGGCGGACACAACAUCUUUAUUUUAUUUUUAUGUGGUGCUGAGGAUAGAACCCAGCGCCCCGCGCAUGCCAGGCGAGCGCGUUACCACUUGAGCCACAUCCCCAGCCCCUUCUCAGUGCCUUUGAUCAGCUAUGUGGAGGAGGGCACAGCAUGCCGUAUUCUCCAGACCUGUUAGUGUCAUGGGACCUAACAGGAGACCCACUCUCUCCAGGUUGGCGACGAGGUCCUGCCUACUAUCAUGUCUGAAAGGGAUCUGGACAAAGCCCUGCCUGCUUGAGUGAUCAUAAUGGCAGGUGCCUCGAGGAUAGCCAGGCACUGGGGCUAGGAUGCAGUGUCCCUGCGGGCCAUAUGCAGGUGUCCGUUUCCAGAUCCCUGAACUCUGCUGGGGAACAGAAAUGGGUCACGGAGGAUGGGACAUAGUGACACUGGGGCAUGUGAAGCUGGAGCUCUGAACAGGUCUGUGAGGUAGGAGAGAGGCAUCUGCAGAAGAGGCACACCCAGAAGUUCUGGAGUCCUGUUUGGUUCUGUGCUCCUACUGAGGAUCAUUUCCCUUAAUGAGGCCCCCAGAUCAUGAGGCUAUAGGCCUAGACCUACCCCAUGUGAAUGCACAGACAGAAAGCCAAAGGUGGAGGCCAGACCAGAGCGUGGACUCCUUCCUCCUGUUGGUACCAAUGGAUGACAGAGGUGAGCAAGCCUGGGUGGAAGAUGCUGCAUUAUAUUCCUGGCUCUGCGCCAGGUACCAGGAGUCAAGCACAGUGAAGAAGGGAGGGGCUGGGGUUCAGUGCUGGCAUGUCUUCCUGGCAUAAAGCCCUGGAGUCAGUCCCCAGCACCCCCCAACAAAAGAGGCGAAAGGUCCUGGGAUGAUAAGCCUGGACCAGAGAUGAUCAACGAGGAGGACCUAGGGUAACGUUAGGAACUGGUGACUCGUCAGCCAUAUGGGUGAAAAGAGGGAGGAGCUGACAGUGGCUCCUAGGCUUCUCAUGUGCGAAAAACGGGGCACCAAUCACUGAGGUGGGGUGGGAGGUCUGUUACCAGACCCCAGUAGAGGGGGGCCUCAUGUGACGUUUCUGGGCACAUGAGCCAUAGCAAGCAGUGGCCCAGAGAAAAUGCAGACUAUGAAGAGCAGGAAACAGAAAACCCAUCCAGGAGGAGACUGAGGAGAGCAUGCCUCUGAGGGACAUGGAUGAGCAGGUUAGCAGGGGUCCUGCUGCAGCUCUGGUGACUACCAGGGAGCGGGAAAGAGCCUCACUGGCCAGGAGUCACUGUGGACAGUGGGCAAGAUCCAGACGUUGGUGGAAGAGACACUGGGGGCUGAGCAAGCUGUCCUCUGGAGGAGGCUGUGGGCUGUGCCUCGUGACGUGCUGUGGCCCAGAGCCCUUUGGGAGGGGGUAGGUGUUGUGAGGUGGCUAUGUAGUGGUUGGAGCCCCACCAAGGGAGUGGUCAGAGAGCCACGCAUGCCAGUGGACCCAAACGGGCUUGCUGGAAAGUCAGAUGUGGACACUGCUAGGGUUCCUGCCCUGGGGACAAGGUGGGCAGCACUCAUCCCCCAGAAGAGAGCAGAGUACAUACCCAAGCCCUGUGUGGUGAGUCACGCCCUCCUGUGUCCUGAGGCUUUGAUAUGCCCAGCGUGGGUGGGAGGGGGUGGGUGUGUGACCGGCCCUCUCCCCACUCCCAGCCCAGUGCUCCUCUGUCUCUUUCCUUAGCCUCUGGGAACCUUGAGCCAGCGUGCCCUUGGCCAGAGCUUCCAGGUCCCUCUGCCAGGCAGGAGGGCUUCAGUGCUACCAAGACAGGCAUAGCUUCCUCUGUCCUCCGUGAACCCUCCUGGGUGGGGUCUAGUUGAACCUCUUACUGCGCUGUACUUGUCUCCACUGUUCAGCCAGGGUCCUCCCCACCCCUUUGGCUGUAUACUUCUGAGACUCCAGGUACACCUGACAUCACAACAGCACAGAAACCUAUCCCUUGGGAUGGGGCCUGGGCAGGUGUCUGACAUGUGGUGCAGGUGCUCUGGACAGGGUCAGUAAGUUUGGGGGUGGGAGGCAAGGUGCAUAUUCCCGUUCUACUCCUGUAUGAAUAACCCGUCUAUCCACAGGUAUGAUUCCUUCAUAGUCUCAACCAGCACUGUACACACAAUCACCACCCCCAGGGAACCCCAAAGUGUAAGUGGCUCCCUCAGGCCAGGCACCAUAGGACCAGAGAGCAUUUCUUCUGGUGGUUUUGCCUGUUCCCUGUGGCCACGUCUGGUGUUUCUGGAGCCCUUCUCUGCUGCGGGCAUGGUCUACCCCCUUCAGGAAGUUCUGCUAUGGGUCUGAACAGUUGGGAGGAGGCCAUAAAAACAGGCUGAGGAAGAGACAGCCAGUGGAUGGGAUAUUAAUGAGGUUAAGUAGGAGAGAGAAGUCUCCAGAGAGGGGCUGCCUUGUCCACAUGGAGAUGAAAGAUGAACCCACUUUAAGGGAAGGAAUGAGGAGGGGCCAUGCAGGUGCAGGACAGGCACUGGAGAUUUUGUGUGGUUAGGACAGUACCAAAGGGGAACUCCCAACCCAAGGGAGGACUCCUUAGGCCAGCCUGGGUUGGGGGCAAGCAUUGGGGUGGGGGAUGACAGAGAGGGGCCAGUCAGCAGAGAGGAUGUCAAUGGAUUACACCACCAAGUGCCGGGUGCCUGCUAAUCCACACUGCUCUGCACUGCAUAAACAAGAACACCAGAGAACAGCCCCUGUGCAGGCAAGUCACAGGUGCACUCUUAUCUGUCAAGUCCACCUGCACUUUCAGAUCCCACAUAGGUGCCUCCUUUCCCCCAGCACCUCCAGGGUAGCUGGGCCCAACUCCUGAGUCCCUCCCUGCACAGGGUCUCUGGUAGGGGUCCCUGCACCUGGCUGCCCGUUGUGUGGUUGUGACUUGGGCCGUGUGGGCCUGGCCUGCUAACACUCUCUCUCAUUGCUCUCUCCUGCCCAUCUGCAUGUGGCUGCUCUGUCUAGCUGCGCGGUGGUCCCGAGCGCCGGCUGUGUAAGUGAGCAUGCCCAUCCCAUGCCUCUUACAGUCCAUGUGCUGUGCCUAGCUGCCCAGGUCUGCUCUGCAUGGCUGCGUGGGGCUUUGGGGCCACUGGAAGCUCCUGAGGAA